AUGUUCAACUUCGAUACUAUGACCAAAGGUGGCACGCAGGUGUCCACCUACGGCGAUGAGCCCGUGUCUAAGAGCCAUGUCCCCGCCAAAUACAAAGGCACGGCGGCCGAUCAGGCCGAUAUGAGUGCUCUGGGGAGAGAACAAGUCCUGCGUCGAAACUUUCGGUUUAUCUCUAUCGUCGGCUUUGGAUGCACGUUAAUUGCCACGUGGGAGGUGGUCCUGACACUGCUGGAGCAGGGCCUGACGGAUGGCGGUACGGCCGGUCUGAUCUGGGGCUUCCUCAUCGUCGCCUCCGGUUUCCUGCUGGUGUUCUUGAGUUUAGCCGAGAUGGCCUCCAUGGCCCCGACCUCCGGUGGUCAAUACCACUGGGUUUCUGAAUUCGCGCCGCCCAGCUGCCAGAAAUUCCUGAGCUACAUCACCGGCUGGCUCUGUGCAAUGGGAUGGCAGUGUGCCAUCGUCUCCAUUACUUUCUUGGCCGGAACCAUCAUUCAGGGUCUGAUCGUGCUCAACAAUGACGACUACGCCCUGGAGCGCUGGCACGGAACCCUGCUGGUUAUUGCUAUCACCCUGUUUUCGAUCCUGUUUAACACCUUCCUCGCAAAGAAGCUCCCCUUCGUCGAGGUGAUUAUUCUUAUUCUGCACGUCUGCGGAUUGUUUGCCAUCAUCAUCCCUCUCUGGGUUCUGGGGCCCCGUCGCAGCGCAAAGCAGGUCUUUACCGAGUUCAAUGACGGUGGUGACUGGGGUAGCAAUGGAGUUGCCACGCUGGUGGGAUUCUCUACCACGAUUACUUCGCUGAUCGGAUAUGACUGCGCCGUGCACAUGUCCGAGGAGAUCAAGGACGCCUCCGAGACGCUCCCCAAGGCUAUGAUCACCUCCGUCUUGGUCAACGCCGCUUCCGGCUUCCUCAUGUUGGUCACCGUCUGUUUCACGCUGGGUGACAUCGACGAGAUCCUGGCCUCGCCGACCGGGUUCCCCUUCAUCCAGGUGUUCUACAAUGCCACCGAGAGUCUGCCCGGCACCAACACCAUGACCGCUAUUCUCGUCCUCACCCUGACGGCCUCGUCCAUCACCGAGGUUGCCACGGCAUCCCGUCAACUGUGGUCCUUUGCUCGUGAUCGAGGACUCCCCUUUUCUGGAUUCUUCUCCUACGUCACGCCGGGCUGGAACAUCCCGUUCAACGCCGUUUUGGUCUCCUUCGUGGUGACCGCGCUGCUCUCGCUGAUCAACAUCGGCUCCACCGUGGCUCUACAGGCCAUCAUCACCCUGACCACCAGUUCGCUUAUGUCCUCGUACGUGAUCACCAUUGGCUGUGUACUCUUGAAGCGGCUGCGGGGCCACCCCUUGCCUCCCCAUCGCUGGACUCUCGGCCGGUUCGGCAUGGCCGUUAACAUUGGCGCCUUGUGCUUCCUCCUGCCGGUCUUUGUCUUCGCCUUCUUCCCCCUGACCUCAACGGUCGACAAGGAGACGAUGAAUUGGUGUGUCGUCAUGUACUGUGGCGUGAUCAUCAUCGCGGUCCUGUACUAUAUUUUCCGCGCCCGACACCACUACAUUCCCCCGGUGGCGUUGGUGAAGCGUGAGGCGUAA